AUGGCCUCUGUCAUCUCUAUGGAUAACCAACAGGAUUGCACUUUCACCUUGCUUGCACUUUUCCCUAGCCUGGCAGAGCAAGUUUCUCAUGAAUUGGAUGUCGAGGGCAUCACCGCGGAUUUGCAACAAAAGAAGGCCCCGAGUAAAGCCGCUGAAGGGGAUGAGACUGGAUCCAUGAUAAGUGGAAUGAGUGAAGUCGCUGGCGAUGGCAACGGAAGGUCGAAAGCCGAGCUGUGGAACGACCUGAAGAUACUGUCUAUCACGCGCACUUUGACGUUAAUCUAUUGUCUGGUCUUGCUCACCGUUUUGACGAGGGUGCAACUGAACAUCAUUGGCCGUGGUACAUAUGUGUCAAGCGUCGUAACGUUAUUGAGCCCAGUGCUCAAUAAUGAAGUUCGCAUUGAGGAAGAGGAUGGCGACGAGCGCACCGAUCUUGAGCGGGAUUACCUGAGUUUCUCGUGGUGGUUGAUACACAAUGGAUGGAAGGGGCUUAGUGCAAAGGUGAAGACGGCUGUAGACGAAGUGAUUGGAGUGAUGUCCCUGAAGGAAGAACUGUCUCUUGCACAGUUUGACCUCAUCAUUUGUCGCAUCCGUGCUAUUGUUGAGAAGGAAUCUUUUCUGCAAUUCCUUCUCCCACUGACUCCUGCAGACGAAGCACAAGUCCUCCGGCAGUUCACCGACAGGGACGGCAGCCGUGACGCAGAUGGGGCUGAAGGUACCAUUGUACCAAGUCUACCACUGCAUCAUCUUAUUGAUGAAACACACGAUUUUCUAUCGUCCCCAGACGCAGUCAUUGUGAUAAACCAGCUCCUCGAUGCUGGUGUGCAUACCUUAAUUGAGAACAUGGCAGCAGCGAUCUAUCCUCCUGAGCCAUCAGUGGACAACACUGAUAUCCUGCAACGUCGGGUACGGCUAGCAAGGAGGCAAAGCGCAUUGAGCAAGGGAAGGAGUAUGCUAGGGAGAUGGAGGCCGGAAGUGAUGGGUUGGUUAGGUUCUCCGCAAUCGUGUACAGCAGCUACGACAAAGCGCGACUUGCUGCUGACGGGCUUCAUGGUUAUUCGGAGGAGAAUUGAGGAAGGGAAGAUGAUCUACUUGGAUUAUAAUUCGCGUCGUGUUGCGGAUGUACGCCCCCCCUGGCUAGUAAGCGCAAUGGCGGCCAUACCGUGUGACGGCGAUCAAUGCUCCAUCCACCACACCAAAACACAAAUUGCAAUCGAUCAUGUCGUUGACGAGAGCAUCAACAUGGGCGGCGUCCCCCUCCACCACCCGAGCACAGCCCGUGCACCUCUCCGCAGACCCAAAGGGCGAGCGAAUUGCCUAUGCGGUAUGUACAGCAGUACCUCCUCGUUACAUAUAAAUGCUAACAGAAGAUCCGCUGUACAGUCAAACAAAUCGAUCUUCCUCCGCUCCCUCACAAACCCCGCUGAAUCCAUCCAAUACGACCAACACACCCACCCAACAACCGUCGCCAAAUUCUCCCCCUCCGGAUACUACGUCGCCUCUGCCGAUGCCUCUGGUGCCGUCCGAGUCUGGGAUUGCGCCGGCACCGACCAAAUCCUCAAACUCGAAACCAAACCAAUCGCCGGUGCUCUCAAAGAUCUUGCAUGGGACUCCGAAUCAAAACGCCUCAUCGCGGUCGGUGACGGAAAGGAGCGGUUUGGGGCUGCGUUUACCGCCGAUUCUGGGAAUAGUGUCGGUGAGAUCUCGGGGCAUUCUUCGGUGGUUAAUGCGGUGAGUAUUCGGCAGCAGAGACCGUUUAGGGCGGUUACGGCGAGCGAUGAUACGUGUGUUGUGUUUUAUACUGGUGUGCCGUUUCGGUAUUCCAAGACGAUUAGGACGCAUGGGAGGUUUGUUUAUGAUGUUGCUUUUUCGCCUGAUGGGGAAUACUUUGUCUCCGUUGGUGCUGACGCGAAGGUUUUCUUGUAUUCCGGCAAAGAGGGAGAAGUCAUCGGUGAAUUCGACACGAGCGAGGGACAUAAAGGAUCGAUCUUUGCCGUCUCCUGGAGCCCGGACUCGAAAUUCGUGGUUACCGCCUCCGCUGACGCAACUCUCAAAGCCUGGGACAUUUCUUCCCAAACAUGUGUCGAGACGUGGUCCCUCUCCGAAAGCGACGGGCCGAGCGUACCUGAUCAACAAGUCGGCGUAGUGUGGACCGCGAAGAAUGAAAUCGUAUCUCUCUCGCUCUGCGGAGAUCUCAAUGUCUUUACGCGCGGGAAUCCUAAACCUGCGAAAAUUAUCAAGGGACAUCAGAAGGGGAUUACAGCGCUUACCGCGACCGAGGAUGCGGUUUGGACGGGGUCAUAUGAUGGUGUUAUCCGCUCUUGGGACACCAAGGAAGGCGAGGCACGCGAAGUCGAGGGCGAGACGCAUACGAAUCAAGUCGUCGAGUUCGCCCAAGUCGAUGGAGGGAAAGUCUGGUCAGUAGGCUGGGACGACACGAUCCGUAUCGCUGACGCCAGGGUUCGGUCAUUUGAUGGUAGUGUUAUCAAGACAGACUCACAGCCGCGGGGAGUUAGUCGACGCGGAGGUGAGGUUUUCGUGGCGGUUGUGGGGGGUGUGGUGGUUUAUGACGCCAAAGGAGAAAAGGUGGGUGAGGUGGUGACGGGGUAUGAGCCGACUGCUAUCUCAGCUAACCCGAUGAGUGAGGAGGUCGCGGUCGGGGGGGCUGAUAAUGUUGUGAGGGUGUAUACGUUCAAGGCUGGGAAAUUCGAGGAGAAGACGACACUCACAGGAAAUCGUGCGCCGGUGACGGUGGUCGCCUUCUCCCCCUCCGGAACACUCCUCGCCACCGCCGACUCAUCCGGUAAAAUCAUCCUCUACUCCAACACCCCUUCUUCUACGUAUGAAAUCAAAACAACUCGCUGGCAAUUCCACAACGCGCGUAUCACAUCCCUCGCAUGGAACACCGAUUCCACGAAAUGCGCGAGUGGGAGUUUGGAUACGGGGGUUUGCGUGUUCGAUACCGAGAAAGUUGGAAAGUGGGUUGGUGGUCGGGGGGCGCAUAAGGAUGGGUGUGCGGGGGUUGUGUGGAGUGGGGUUGAGGUUGUUAGUGUUGGGGCAGAUGCGACGGUGAAGAGGUGGAGGGUUGAGGGGUCUUAA